GCAGUGUUUACAGUGCUGCUGCUGCUGCUGCUGUGCGGACGGACGGAGCUGAAUAGCGGAGCUGAGCUGAACCGCCGCCCGCAGACAUGAACCCCGUCCAGCUCCCAUCAGACCGCCUCUCAGCCGCUCACCUGGACCAGAGACAAACCCGGGAACUCCUGCGGAAAGAGCGGGUUUUUAACGCCAAACUGCGAACAAUCGGAGUUGAUAAGGAAGCUCUUGAACUUCAAGUGAAGGAAAGAAGGGAUAAAGAACAAGCUGAGGCAAGAGCGCUAAAGGAAUAUGUGGAUAAGCUCAUACGCAGUGACCAGACAGCAUGCGUACUGGAGCACAGGCAGAAGAAAGAUGAACGUCUGCUGGAAGAGGCCAUUGUGCAGUUCCGGAGUCGUUUCCAGCAUCCCAGCAGCAGACGGGAGUUCGACCUGAACGACUCUGAGUUCCUGAAGAAGCAGGACGGUGUGCGCAUUUUGCCUGGGUUGGCUGGGGAGGAUCUAGCCAGCAGAGACAGAGCACAGCGGCAGAGAGAGCAGCUGAGGGACUGGUCCAUCCAGCAGCAGCAAGAGCUGGAGCAGACAGAAGAGCAGCAGAAACAAGAAGAUCUACAGUAUGACCAAAGCCGAGUAGCUCUGGACAGCAGAGCUGUCGAGCUGCAAAAGAUGGAGGAAGAGCACAAGAGAGCCAAUACCAUCGCCAUCAAGAACUUCAAUCUAGCUCUGGCUGCCGAAAGAUCUGAACAGAGAGAGAGGCAACGCCGAGAGGAAGAGGAGAACAACCAGGUGGAGAUCCUGAACCAGCUGCAGGGGGAACUGCUGAACGAGAGCAUCGAGCAGAGCAGCCGAGUGCCUGGACGUCCCAGACUGCGCAGGGACUGCUAUAAGGGCAUGACCCCCCAGCAGCUACUGCACUACAGCAACUACCAGAAGCAGCAAGCCGAGGACAGGAGGCGUGUUCGUCUGGAGCAGCAGGAGGAGGAUCUGCAGCAGGAUCGUGAGCGUUUGGCUUCAGCUCGAGCUGCUCUGCUGCUGGAGAGACAGCAGGCGCGCAUCAGCAAGGAGCUUCGCAGAUCUCUGGAUAACACCAACGCUCUGCUAGCCCAGGCCCAGCAUGCACAGAGGAAACAUCUUGAGAAAGAAGUUUUCAUCAAUGUCCCUAAUGAGCGCUAUUUCUCCCAGUUCAAUACGUCCAGUCGGUAAAUAUUCAACAGAAUCACAUGCAGACAAAAAUAAAGAUUCACUCACAAA